AUGACCUAAACUUUAAAAACAGAAGCAACCUGACUUUGUGCAAGAAAAGCAGCAGACUGUUCAACAUCACUAGCUUACAAUGAUUACACUAAUAUUUAUGUUCACAUUUCAUCUUUUUUAUGGAUACUGUCAGUUAUCUGGAGGAAGAGGUGAUAAUUCUCCUCAAAUGCUUGCAGAGAUGAAAGAAACCAAUGUAGUGCUGAAAGAAGUCCGAGAACUCCUAAAACAGCAGGUAAAAGAGAUAACAUUUUUGAAAAACACAGUAAUGGAAUGUGAUGCUUGUGGACUUCACACAAAAGCCUCUGGCCUACAAAUUGCUGUUACAGCUCUAGAAAAAAAUGGAUGUGUACCUAAUCCCUGCUUUGCUGGAGUUACCUGCACAAAAACAGGAUCUGGAUUUUCAUGUGGCCCAUGUCCACUUGGCUAUUCUGGAAAUGGCACACACUGCACUGAUAUUAAUGAGUGCUCUGUGAAUCCAUGCUUUCCCCGUGUUCGCUGUGUCAACACAUCUCCUGGAUUCCACUGUGACCCAUGUCCUAUUGGCUAUAUUGGAAAGAGGGUACAAGGAAUUGGCCUGGAGUUUGCUAGAGCGAAUAAGCAGAUGUGUCAGGAUAUAGAUGAGUGUGGAAGCGGAAGCAAAGUGUGUCCUGCCAACACUGUCUGCACAAACACUAAAGGUUCAUACAAAUGUACAGCCUGUAAAACAGGGUCAGGAAAUGAUAAGAAUCCUGCUUGUAAAACAGAAAGAAGGUGCCCAAAUGGAGAGAUUAGCAAGUGUCAUGAAAAUGCAGAUUGUAUUAUGGACAGUGAUGGAACCAUAGCAUGCGUGUGUAAAGUUGGAUGGGCAGGAAAUGGACUGAUGUGCGCCAAGGAUACAGACAUUGAUGGAUUCCCGGAUGAGAAGCUGAGAUGCUCUGACUUGAGAUGCAAAAAGGACAACUGCGUAACUGUGCCUAAUUCUGGCCAGGAAGAUGCUGACAGGGAUGGAAUUGGAGAUGCAUGUGAUGAUGAUGCUGAUGGAGAUGGGAUACCAAAUAUUCAGGAUAACUGUGUCUAUGUCCCCAAUGUGGAUCAGAAAAAUGCAGAUCAGGAUAAUUUUGGUGAUGCUUGCGAUAACUGUCGUAAUGUGAAAAAUGAUGAUCAGAAGGACACAGACAAAGAUGGAAAAGGAGAUAUAUGUGAUGAUGACAUAGACGGAGACAAAAUUAGGAAUCCUGUGGAUAACUGUAAAACUGUCCCAAACACAGACCAGAAGGACACAGAUGGUGAUGGAGUAGGUGAUGUAUGUGACAGCUGUCCCACUAUUCGCAACCCAGACCAGGCAGAUGCUGACCAUGACUUGGUGGGAGAUAAAUGUGAUACCAAUCAAGAUCGAGAUGGUGAUGGCCACCAAGAUUCACGUGACAAUUGCCCAUCGGAUAUUAAUAGUUCACAGCUAGACACAGAUAAGGAUGGUUUAGGAGAUGAAUGUGAUGACGAUGAUGAUAAUGAUGGCAUCCCAGAUACUGCACCACCUGGGCCAGAUAAUUGCAGAAAAGUACCAAAUCCAGACCAGGCAGAUUCUGAUGGCAAUGGUAUAGGUGAUGCUUGCGAAGGAGAUUAUGACAAAGACAUGAUUGUAGAUAAAGUUGAUGCUUGCCCUGAAAAUGCUGAAAUUACCCUAACAGACUUCAGAGCUUUCCAGACAGUUGUUUUGGACCCAGAGGGAGAUGCACAAAUUGAUCCAAAUUGGAUUGUAUUAAAUGAGGGAAUGGAAAUUGUCCAAACAAUGAACAGUGAUCCAGGACUGGCUGUUGGUUACACUGCAUUUAAUGGAGUAGACUUUGAAGGAACAUUUCAUGUUAACACAGAAACAGAUGAUGAUUACGCUGGUUUUAUAUUUGGAUACCAGGACAGCUCCAGCUUCUAUGCAGUUAUGUGGAAACAGAUGGAACAAACAUAUUGGCAAGCAAAUCCCUUUCGAGCUGUGGCUGAACCUGGUAUUCAGCUAAAGGCUGUCAAGUCCACUACAGGGCCUGGGGAACAGCUUAGGAAUUCCUUGUGGCAUACAGGAGACUCAUCAAACCAAGUCAGACUACUAUGGAAAGAUCCCCGAAAUGUGGGCUGGAAAGAUAAAACAUCAUACCGCUGGCUCUUGCAACAUAGACCUCCAGUAGGAUAUAUUAGAGUCAAGUUUUUCGAGGGCCCUGAGCUGGUAGCAGACUCUGGGGUCAUAAUUGACACAACAAUGAGGGGAGGACGACUUGGAGUCUUCUGUUUCUCUCAGGAGAAUAUCAUUUGGUCUGACCUUAAAUAUCGUUGUAAUGAUACAAUACCGGAUGAUUAUGAGACAUUUAAAGAGCAGAGAAUAAAAGCCUGAAAUGAAAACCACUUUUACGCCUUCAUAUAAAUUUAGGAAUGGGUGCCCAGUGCAUUUUUUCAUAAACAUCUGUCAUACCCUCACCUGUCUCAAAUACCUAAAUACAAUAUAAAGACUGUUUUUCUGAACAAUUUAUUUUCUAUGCAACUGCUACUGUAAAUUCUACAUAUAUCUGAGAAAAUGUACACCUGUGAUUGUAAAUUUCACACAAUUACUAAAUAAAGGGCAUAGAAAGAAAUAAAAGAACAUUUCUA